AUGGUGGUAGUGAGCGCGUGCAUCACCAGCAGAGUCCGACCCCUCCUGGCGAGGCAGUUCGUGGACAUCCGCAGAGCCAAGCUGGAGGGCCUCCUUAACGCUUUCGUGAAACUCGUUGAUUACUCGGGCUCUGAUCACACGUACCUUGAGACAGAGUCGGUCCGGUAUGUGUAUCAGCCGGUGGAAAACCUCUACCUCGUAUUAAUAACUACGAAGGGAAGCAACAUUUUCGAAGAUUUGGGCACUCUCAGGAUGUUUGUCAGCAUAGUCCAGAAUGUUAUCUAUCUACAUUUGUGCGGGUGGGAUGGGUCACCGCUGCAGGACACCUGUGGAGAGAGCCACGGAAAUGGCAGUCUAGAGGAUAGCGUAGCGACGCACGCAUUCGAUAUCGUAUUCAUGCUGGAUGAGCUCAUCAGUGGUGGCUAUAGGGAAGCGCUGACACUGCAGCAGAUUCAGUCUUAUGUUGCCAUGGACUCUCACGAAGAAAAGCUGCAGAAGAUGAUUGCUGAGGGCAAGGAGAAGGAACAGGCAGAUAGGAGGCGCGAAAUUGCUCAAAGACUUGAAAAAGAAAGACAGCUAGCAAAGAAGGCAGGGAAGGGGUUGGAUGUUGCCGCAUUCCGGGGUGCAACAGUGGCGUCUGAGCUGUCUCGUGGGCCUCCAUCAGUGCCUGCCACUCAUGGGGCCCCUGCUAGUGGCACGUACUGGGGAGCAUCAACCCCAAGUGGGGGUUUAUAUGAUGCUCAUCAGCAACCGUCUCCAGCAGGAACACCUGGCGCCCCAAGAGGUGGCCAACAGUCAAAGGGAAUGCAGUUGGGGGUUAGAAAACCCUAUGGUGGAGAUGAUGGGGCACUGCAAAACCUCGUCCCGGAUGAACAAAUAAAGCAGCCAGCUGAACUUGCUGAGGCUCAGCAUGAUCAAGUAUUAAACAAUCCACUAGCGGACCCCGUGAGCAUUCUUAUUGAGGAGAGGGUCAAGGCUUCCAUGCAAGCCGAAGGAGUCCUCAAGGAAGUGGAGCUUCAAGGGACCUUUUUUGUUACUGCGAACGACCCACAGCGAGGUUCUCUUGCAGCAAUUCAGCUAACACCAGAAGACAGGCGAUUUAAGAUGAAGAGCCACCCAAAUGUCGACAAGGCGGCGCUUGCUCAAAGCAAUCUGCUGCAAGUUCGAGAUCCAUCCAGGCCGCUACCACCGCAUCAGCCUGCGCCACUUCUUAAGUGGAGGAUCAAUGAAAAGGAUGAGACUUUGGUGCCUUUGACAGUAAGCUGCUGGCCGUCAACGACGCCAGCAGGUACGGUGCUUACUGUUGAACUGGAGGUUACGGACACUUCGAAACGCUUGGAGGAUAUCCGCGUGUCCUUUAUGUGCCCUGCCCAAGCAAAUCCUCAGGUACUGAGGACAGAUGCUGGGACCACCGAACAUGAUGGAGUUUCUGUACACUGGUUCCUCCCCGAAAUGGGGGAACAGCUCUCUGCGGCGACCAUCGAAAUCACAGCAAACACUAGUUUGACCACGCUUAUGCCGUUUUCAGUGGAAAUGCACAGUGGCGAAAGCAUUUGCAACGUAGAGGUGGUACAGUGCAAGCACAUGGAGACCAAAGCGGAUAUCCCCUUUAGCCUGACGCGCAGGGUGGAAUACCUCCUUACUGUACACCCUUAA